GAGACCUGUGCGAAAAAGAACUAAUUCAGUGGAUCAACUGUGAAACUUGUUAGUGCUAAAUUUGUCCAAAUUUUUCUCAAAAAAAUGGUUAACAAAUUUAUAAUGUCGAAAACGCUGGAAGAAUCUCCAAAUGCCAACAUCAACAAGACUUUGUUGGAUAAGUAUUUGAGUUUACCCAUGCCUGAGGGAAAAAUUGUGGCAACCUACAUCUGGAUCGACGGCACCGGCGAGAACGUACGUUGUAAAGACCGCACACUGGAAUUUAUUCCUACUAAGGCAAGCGACUUGCCUAUUUGGAAUUAUGAUGGAAGCUCAUGUUAUCAAGCUGAGGGUCAUAAUUCUGAUGUUUAUUUGAAUCCGGUUACCAUUUACCGAGACCCAUUCCGACGUGGUAACAACAUUCUUGUUUUGUGCGAGACGUAUCAUUUCGAUGGAACCCCUACAGAAUCCAAUAAACGCCGAUCGUGUCGAGAAGUGUGCGACAAAGUGGCCGACAAGAAACCGUGGUUCGGGAUUGAGCAGGAAUAUACGCUGUUAGACAUCGAUGGUCGUCCACUAGGUUGGCCUAAAAACGGCUUCCCCGGUCCUCAAGGUCCUUACUAUUGCGGAGUUGGAGCCGAUAAGGUUUUUGCACGUGACAUUGUAGAGGCACACUACAGAGCUUGUCUAUAUGCCGGGGUUAAAAUAUGCGGUACCAAUGCAGAAGUCAUGCCAGCCCAGUGGGAAUUCCAAAUUGGACCGUGUGAAGGAAUAUCGAUCGGAGAUGAUCUGUGGAUGGCCAGAUUUUUGCUCCACAGGAUAGCUGAAGAGUUUGGAAUUGUGGCUACAUUGGACCCAAAACCGAUGUCUGGUGACUGGAACGGGGCAGGUGCUCACACAAAUGUAUCAACAAAAGCUAUGCGUGAAGAGGGAGGUAUUAAAGAAAUCGAAAAGGCUAUUGCUAAACUGUCUGAGUGUCAUGAACGUCACAUCCGGGCUUACGAUCCACAUGGAGGAAAGGACAACGAACGGCGCCUUACUGGCAAGCACGAAACCAGUUCGAUCCACGAUUUCAGCGCAGGUGUCGCUCAUCGUGGUGCUUCGAUUCGUAUUCCACGAGGUGUUGCUGAUGAUGGUAAAGGCUAUUUUGAGGAUCGUCGACCGAGCUCGAACUGCGAUCCGUACUGCGUCUCGGAGGCUAUUCUCAGAAGUAUUUGCUUGGAGGAGUAAAACAUUUCAACAAGCAAAGUUUGUAUUGUGCAUCUGUUAUGGUUACCUUUUAAAUACAUCAUUUAAUUGGAUUUGAUUUCUUUUAC